AUGACGACUUUGAGACAAGUCAACUCCACAGCUCUGACCAAGUCCCCCAAAGCGCCUAAGACCACGCUGACGAUUCUCCAGAAACCCAGAAGAAACCCAGCACAAGCACCCGAUCAAGAUCCCGAUGACGAUCAAACUCCAUCUCCAUCUCCACCUCCACUUCCUCCCAAUCCCUUGGCCAGAUUCGAUACCAUGCCAGCGGAAAUGCUGAACAAAAUCAUCGACGAUGUCAUCCGUGAGGGACCUCGCGAUAUGAAUGAAAUCGUUAUGCGUAACCCAGCUGCGCCGCUUCCACCGGGCAUGACGUUGACGACCGUUCUAUCUCCUCCUUAUGUCAACAUGACGAUUCCGAAGAAUCAUCCGAUGAUUAAGACUUCUCGGCUGUUUCGAUCGGCUUUUAUGGCGAAAUACUACUUCAACCGCAACUUCUCAAUCAGAAUCGAACAUCAAGAUCCCACCGCCGUAGUCUUCAACCAAUACCUCGACUCAUUCGAAGGCUCCCUCCCCUUCAUCCGCAUGCUAAAAGCCAACGUCGCAGUAACCUCCGCAGGACUCUACGGCCGCAUGAUGCUCACAAUGUUCGCCGGCACAAUUCGCGCUCGAGUAAGUGAUCACUUGAUUCCCGCCGUGCUUCCUGCUGGAAUGCAGGAGUGGGAGUAUGUGAGAGAUAUUGCUUUGCCUUGGGUUCAGACGCUUAGGACGAGGAUUGUGGCUGAGAGGGUGGCGAUUGUGGCGGAUAUUGGGGCGCCUACGGAUGGGUGGUUUGUUUUUAGGGAGUCGCCGAAUCGGUAUACUAGUGGGCCUGUUUGA